AUGGGAUCCCUGGAUGACAGCCAGCCAUGUGCUGGCUACUUGCAGGCACCUGGCAACUUGCCAUCUCGCCUAUCGAGCCCAUUGGCCGAGCUGGGUGCCAACGGAUCCGGGCCACUUCACGUGUAUCUCAGCACUGCCGAAGUCAAGGCUCUGGAACUAGCGCUUUCUGCUUUCAAAGCUCUCCAAAUUGACGGCCACGAGAUCUGCAAAGACAAUUUCGUGCCGCCCGCCAACAUCCGCGAUGCUCUUUUCGCAGCUUCAAACAGCCUCCACAACGCUACGGGCGUUUGUAUCGUCAAAGGGCUCAACCCGUCCCUUUACUCUGACUCGGACAAUCUCCUCCUGUUUCUGGGACUUGCCAGCUUCAUCGGAGAUAAGCACGGAAUCCAGGAUAAGAAAGGCAACGUGAUAUCACAUAUCACCGAUGCGAAGACGUGGACGGUGCCGUAUGACAAACGACACGGUGCCCACACAAACCAAUCGCUGAAGUGGCACAGUGACAUGGGUACUGACAUUCUGGCCCUCCAAGUUCGCCAAGUUGCUGCCAAAGGAGGGCAAACUGUGGUGGCGUCGUCGUGGAAGAUCUAUAACGACCUAAUGCUUGAACGCCCUGAUGUUGUUCAGGUCCUUGCCAAGCCAGACUGGCCCGUCCACAUGUCUGACCGCAAGAGUCGCUACACCCUUGCUCCGCUAUUGGUUUUUGAAGACAACAAGCUCCUGCUCAGCUUUGAUCCCAGCCGCCUUGGAGCACACCCCGCCAUGAAGGCAGGCCGGUCGUCGCGUGCAAAGCAAAUCCCCGAGCUCACGCCGACCCAAAUCGAAGCACUCAGCGUCGUUUCCGCCAUUGCCGACCGUAACAGUGUCAAACUCGACACCGACCCCGGCGAUUUGGUCUUCAUCAACAACUGGGCCGUCUUGCAUUCGCGCAGUUCGUACGAAGACGCGUCUAGUGGCGACGCGACCGGACUGGCGACCCGUCGCCACCUUCUUCGCCUCUGGCUCCGCAGCUCGGAGUUGGGCUGGAAGAUUCCGGAAAGCAUGCGUGCUCCAUGGGAGACGGCUUUUGGCUACACUGACGAAGGAUACAUUUCGGGAGACCAUGAGCAGGUUGUUGCCCGUCUCAAAUAUGCGGUUGUACCGGAGGCCAAGUACGAGCCGCCCAAGUACACGACUGGAUCUGCCACUUUUGUCAUUGAGGACAGUGGCAGUGAGACUGAGGAGGACAACGAGACGGACUGA